CUAAAACAGUGUGGUUCUAUUUGGUCUAAUGCAUUAGAAGAUGGCAUUGGAAUAAUAAUGAAAGAGUAGAAAAACAUGAAGAAUGAAAACAUAACAUUGAGUAACAAUAAGCCAAAUAAAGAUGAUAUUUGCCUAUCAUUGACACAUACUAAAAUACACGAUUAACCACAUGAUACGGGUUAGUAAGUAAGAAAUACUCAAAAAAAAACUUAACGGGAAUACUCCGAAGAAUACAAAAUCUACGAUAACAACAGGACACCAAAUAUGGAGUGGCGACAAAAAGCUUUCUGGUUUAUAUUAGUGAUCAUCAACAAAGUUUUGGGCGAAACUACAACUUUUUUAAAAGUGCCGGGACUCAAGAUCAUGGGUAACAUCCUGAAAAUUUAUCAACUCUAUAGUCAGUCAUUAGAUGAUUGUAUGCUCCGAUGUGUCAUACAAGGAGACGAUUGUAAGAUGCUAAACUUUGACACGAAUGUAGAUGCUGGCUUUACAACUUGCUUCCUAGUUGGCGAAUCAGGCGACACCUAUCUGCAACCAACUGCCGAUUUCAGCCUCUACAUAAAGAGUGGUUAUGAGAAAAACAAGACUGCAUGUUUCCAUGGUAACCUGAUUGAUGGGGUAUGUCACUGUGACAACGGUUUCUAUGGUGAACAAUGCGACUUCGUGGACAAAGAUUGCAGCUCGUAUCACAAAAGGUUGGGUAGCAUCUCUGGUUAUUACACAAUCAUGCCCUACAUAGGACUUCAACCAACAGUUGUGAUGUGUACAAACCAAUACAUACAUCUCGUGUCAAGAUCCUUUGAUGGGCCUGCCGACUUCUUUCAAAAAUCUUGGAAUCAAUUUGAAUACGGGUUUACAGGUAUCCAUGACAACGCUCCACUUGGUAUUCAUGGAAACAGUUAUGCAUUUUUCGGACUUCAGUAUGCAUCAAAAAUGACUGAAUUGAAAGAUUUUGACCUGGAAUUGUCUAUCAAGGUUGAUCAAGUAAAUGUGAUGUACCUCCUAAAAUAUUUUAAGAUCGCAAGUGAACAGAACGGCUAUAGCAUAUCAUUCUCUGCCAUAGAAGGACCGAACAUAACACCCAUUCCGGGAAACUGGAACAUCAGUAUGAUCGAUCCCUCCAUGUUGGCAUGGCAACUGAAUGGAUCACGAUUCUCCAGCUGGGAUCUUGACAACGACAACAAAACUACAACGAAUUGUGCACAUGAAAAUGGUGGAGGAUUCUGGUACAACGAUUGCUCGACCUGCCACCUGGUGAAUGGAACAGAGAUUGUGAAUGAUGUGGAUGGUAUCCCAGAAAUCUGUAUCCCACAAAUGAUGUUCCCACUAAAUGAUACACUAAGGGGUUUAUCAGAGUUCAAUAUGAUACUCAAACCAAAUACCCCAUGACGUGGCCAUACAAUAUGAUUCUCAAACCUAAUACUCAAUGAUGUUGGCAUAUUUAUGCUUUAUUCACCUCAAAAUCGUAGAAGAUGGUCAGAUAAAAAUAUUAAAUAGACAGACAGAAAAUUGUAGAUAAUUUGGUUUGGUCAAAUCUGGGUGAAUUAUGACAUUAAAAUCCAUGUACAUAAAGACGUUAAAAAGCUACAGUCAUGUACUUACUGUUAGGGUAGAAGGACAUACAUGAUUCAGUUGAUAUUGUUCCAUAGUUACUGUGAUAUUCAUAGGAUAU